CUGUAGUCUGAGCAAUUCCCCACAUUUCUACCGAGUUCACGAGUGAAAUCCUGGUCGACACUCGACACUCGGCAUCGGCUUCAAGGACGCGCCGUCGCCAGUCUGUCCAGCACCGCCGGUCAGCAGCAGCCCAGCCCGUCUGUCCCCGACGAGCCCCCGAACUCCAAUCCUCGGUGGGCAAGCAGGGGACGCCGCGGCUUCCACCGAGUUCCACAAGUCGCCAGGCCGUUUCCAGGAAAGGCAACGGAAUGGACGAUGCAUGUUCACGGCCAACGCUUAUGCCACUCGAUUUAUUACGAGAAAUUACUAAUGGUUUCUCCGAGGAGCGGAGACUUGGUAGCGGUUCGUUUGGAAAGGUUUAUGAGGGAGUGCUUCAAGACGGGAAAAAGAUAGCUGUGAAGAUGCUCUAUGAUAUGCCCGGACUCGACGAUGAGCAAUUUAAGAACGAGUUUAAGAAUCUGACAUGGCUCCGACACCAAAAUAUUGUGCGGUUAGUUGGCUAUUGCUACGAUAUUCAGGAAAUACAAGUAAUGCACGAAGGAAGGUUGAUUCUUGCUGAAAGGACACAUAGGGCGCUCUGCUUGGAGUAUAUGUCUAAAGGAAGCCUUGAAAAUUAUCUUUCUGAUGAAUGUGAUAGAUAUGAUUGGCAUACAGGAUAUGGAAUAGUUAAUGGGAUUUGCCAGGGUUUGAAGUACCUCCACAAUGAAUUAGAACCUCCCAUUUAUCAUUUGGAUUUAAAGCCAGCCAAUGUAUUGCUGGAUGAGAACAUGGUUCCCAGGAUUGCAGAUUUUGGGAUGUCAAGGCUCUUCACAGAUGAACAAACACGAGCUACAAGAAGCUCUUUAGGAACAUUUGGGUACUUGCCACCGGAAUAUAUACACAAUAAUUUAAUCUCAAAUAAGUUCGACAUAUUCAGCUUGGGUGUUGUAAUUAUAAAGAUAAUGGCAGGACGUGCGGGCUACUUCAAUAGCGCUGAAAUGCCAUCCCGGGAAUUCACUGAUCUUGUGCAGGAAAAGUGGACAACUAAGCUACUUGAAACAUUUAAUCUGAGGAAGGCAUAUUCUGCACAAGUAAGAAUAUGCAUUAAAAUAGCUUUAAGUUGUGUGCAGGAGGAUCGACAUAAAAGGCCAACUAUACAGGAUAUUGUUGAUAGACUGAAUAAUACAGUAGCUAAGUGUACUGAUGCGGCAAGAAUGGACUGGUUCUUGAUUUACCAGGACAGUUUAGGUCAUUUAACUCAACCUGGAAACAUAUCUAAUCUCCAUUGUGAACAAGAAACUCCGUCUAAAAACAACCCUUCCCCAUCUUACGAUAUGGAGGCUGAUAAGAACAUUUUCCCUCGGUAUGCUCAAGAUCCAAUUGAUAAACAUGUCAACCAUAUAUACCAUGGAUCCACUUUUAAUCAGGAUACAGCAACAAUUAUUCACUCUACUUGUUUUGAAGAAAAUGCUAGUCCUACAAAAGCAGUAUUAGAUGGUGACUCGCCGAAUGACAAUCAAGAGUACUCAGCUGAUGGUAAUUCAUUACCUGGUGUUGAGGGAUUUCAAAUUUCCGGCGAUCCUAAACCAGGAUCUACUUUAAGAGCAUGCGGUUUUUCUAUAAAUGGUACUACAGUUUGUCAUAUCCAGUGGGUUCACUAUCUUAAAGAUGGGACCAGGCAUUCUAUUGAAGGUGCUACGACGUCUGACUAUGUGGUUACUGCAGAUGAUGUUGACACUCUUCUUGCUGUAGACUGCACUCCUAUGGAUGAUAAUGGUCGCCAGGGUAAUUUGGUGAUGGAAUUUGCUAACAAUGCCAACAAGAUAACCUGCGACCCAGAACUGCAGAAUGACGUCAAUAUAUGUAUUUCAAGGGGGAGAGCCGACUUUGAUGUUUUUGUCCUGCAGAUGUAUUCUCCUGAGGAAUGGGAACAUGCCACUUUAGUGCUUAGACGAACUGGAUAUCAAGUUAACUUAAGCCGUAAGGAUGAAAUUUUAAUUGACGAGAAAUAUUCACCAAAUGUACAGAUAAAAAUUCCCAUUGGACGAACUACUCAGUUUAUUUUAGUAAGCUCUAGGGGUGUAAAUCUACCAUUUAAUACACAGGGCAUAACAGAGCCCAGUACCGAGGAUAAUGACAUAAGGCUACGCGAUCUAACCGUAUUGGUCUUUAGAGCCUUCCAGAAUAAGGUAUAUUUGACUUUCUGUGUACGAUAUAUGGUCUGUGUCAAAUUGUCUGUUCCAUUUUCUUUUCUAUGAUUGAACUGAAUUUAAUGCAGACACCGCUAUCUUCACUCGUCCUCCCAAAAGAAACAGAUGCCAUUUCAUUUGCAAAGGAAAAAAAUAUAGAUGACAUUCCAUCAUCGAGCACGAAGAAUCCCAUCGCUGAGCCACCUGCCUUCUUGUCGAAGAAGAGAUGGCUUAGUUCCUUUUUCAAAAGGAAAGGCAAGGGCCUAGCUAGAUGUGCCAGCCAAGAAAAUUCCCUUUAGAAGAGUUCUGCUCAUUGUUCUGUGCAGGUUUUCAUUUUUUGUCAUGAGGUGAAUGGCUAAGAGUAUUUAUCUUUUUUCUUCGUCCCAUUUUAUUACAUUUAUGAGGUAAAACUGGAGCAAACCGACAUGUUGUAACCAACUUCUUAUGUUCGAUAGUAGACAUAAUUAACUAGAA